AGAGAUAAAGAGUGAGCUAUAAAGGAAUGGACUAUGUGCAAUAAAACACAAUGCAUCUUGUCAGGGACACUUCACAAAUGGCUGCGGACCUUAUCAGCUUGAUUGCUCUGUGCACACUGUGUGCACCCGUACUUUCCUUGGCAAUGGCAAACAGAUCCCAGCAGUACAAUCCUUUCGAGUGGUCCUGGAGAAAUAGAAACCUUUGCUCAAUUCCUGCAGAUCUGGACCUCAGACUGAAAGCACUUGACCUGUCAAGCAAUUCAAUUGAACAGUUAAAUGUGCUUAACCUAGAAUCGCUUGAGAUGCUAGACAUAAGUUACAACCAUCUGAAUUUCAUAGAGAAAGAAGCUUUCAAGUACCUGAUCCAUCUGGACUACAUGAAUCUUGCAAUGAAUUUAUUGGACAACAAUGUAAUGAACAACAGCAAAGCCUUUGAAAGCCUUUAUGGACUGAAGCAUUUGGACAUUUCACUGAAUAAUCUAGAUGACGGUGCUGUGGGUUUAUAUAUUCACAAUGCAACUGCUCUUGAACAGCUCACUCUUAACGGAAAUAGUUUGACUAAACUUAGACCAACUCUAUUUGAAAAUAACAGGAACCUUGUAAAUAUUGAUAUUGAAAACAACAAUAUUUUGGAAAUUGAUGAAGGAACGUUUGAACCAUUGAAGAAACUAUCAGUAUUGAACCUGGCAAGGAAUAAUCUGGUACAUGUUUGUGAUUUUCAGCUUCCUCAAGUAAGAACUCUCAACUUAAGCCGAAAUUCAAUCGAAUUCUUCUUUACUAAUCCGAAUGACCAAAUGUAUCUCCUUGAAACUCUGGAUUUAAGCUAUAACAACCUUCUGUACUUUCCUGUUGCUCCUAAAAGAAAUAGAUUGAAGUACCUUCAUCUGCAAUACAACAAAAUUGGCGUUUCAGGAUUAGAAAUCUCUAUUUCAGAAGCUAAAAUAUUACACAGAAAUAUAAUCCAGGACACAGAAAUUCAUUAUGCAGGAAACAGUAAUGACCUGAACCUUCUAACAUUACGCUACAUUGACUUGAGUGCUAAUGAUUUUACAAAUUUCUCUUUAAAUUCUUUAAGCAAACUCUUGUCUUUAGAGACAAUGAAUUUGAGUGACAACUGUCUCCAGGACAUCAGCAAUGGUAUGCUGAUAAAAGACAACCAAACAGAAAUCAGUAACAUAUCCCUGCCAUCUUUACUCCAUCUAAAUCUGCACAACAAUGAAAUUGAACACUUGCCCAGAAUCUUAUUUGAUUCCCUUCCAAAAUUAGAGACACUCAUCCUUAGACAGAAUGAUGUGAAGCUAUGUGAUGAAAAGGCUAAUUUAUCAAACAGUACCUGUAUGUCUUUCAGGGGAGCACACAGUCUGAAACACUUGGAUCUUGGAGAAAAUGGGAUCAAAAUUAUUGUUCCUAAUACCUUUGCUAACACUCGAUUAGUGUCUCUCAAUCUAGAAGGCAACAAAAAUAUAUUUCUGCCACGAGGGUCUUUGGAAGGUUUGCAGGGAAGCCUUGAAUCACUAAGUAUUGCUAACAGCAAUACAAGCAGGUCACGUGUGUUCACUCCAUGUAUGACAAAGCUGAGCACUUUAAACAUCUCUCAUAACAGGUUUAAAGUUCUUCCAGAAUCAUUUAGGUGUUCACCACUGAAGGUCCUUGAUCUACGAAACAAUAAAUUCACUUCUUUGAACUUUUUAUUAACAAAUAUGUUUCAAGAAUUAGAUUUUAUUUAUAUCAGCAAUAAUCUAUACAACUGUUGUAAUACAAGAUGGCUAACAACUUUGCGUGAGAAUCAUGUGAGCAUUACAGACCUGGAAAGAGCCAAGUGUCAGUAUAAGACUGGUGAUGAUAUUAUGUGUCACUUGUUGCAAAACCACACCAUACAAUGUCAAAGGGAAGCCCUUUGGAAAGGUACAAGCUAUAUAUGGGUAUUUAUAUCAUGUUUAAUCAUCCUCCUUACUAUUGUGGUGCUGGUGAAAGUGAUGCAGUCCAAGGGACCAUCAAUUGUUUAAGAAGAACAUUUGUUGUCAAAGAAAAGACAUUUAUGUUUUAUACAUGGUUUUGCAUGCACCACCAACAAAUAUUGUGUCAUGAUUUUUAAAUUGUAUUUGAAUGAUUUUAUCUGCACAUGUAACAAACAUAAAUACAUUAAAACCUAACAAGAAUGUUUUGUUUUUAAAAA